GUUCUCGAACGUUGUAUAUUCAAUAACAUCAAAUAUCACGUUUACGAGCAGACAAAUCCUUGUCAGAACGGUUUUAUAUCUGGGAAAUCGUGCAUCACUCAGCUUAUUGAAGUUCUCGAACAGAUAGGCCGUGAGUUGGAUCGCGGCAAGCAGAUUGAC